UUCACUUUUGACGGGGCUUAUGACGUCAACUCGACCACAGAACAAAUAUAUGCCGAUAUUGGAUUUCCUCUGGUCGAAGGAGUGACGGAAGGAUACAAUGGGACUAUUUUUGCAUACGGACAAACGGGAUGUGGAAAGUCGUUCACUAUGCAGGGAAUCAGUGAUCCGGCUAACCAGAGAGGUAUUAUACCGAGAGCGUUCGACCACAUAUUCGAGACGAUCCAAGUAUCGGAGCACAGCAAGUACUUGGUACAUGCCUCCUACCUCGAGAUAUACAACGAGGAGAUUCGGGAUCUGUUGGGCAAGGAUAUCAAACAAAAACUGGAUCUGAAGGAAAAUCCAGACAAGGGAAUCUACGUGCAGAGCCUCUCAAAAAACCCCUGCAAAAAUGGACAGGACUGCCAGGCAGUGAUGGAGAGGGGGUGGAAGAACAGGUCGACCGGGGCGACCCUCAUGAACUCUGACUCCUCCCGCAGUCACUCCAUCUUCACCAUACAUCUGGAAAGAUGCGAUCAAGAUGAGCGCGGUGAAGAGCACAUCAAAGUGGCUAAGUUGAAUCUUGUUGAUCUGGCGGGCAGCGAGAGACAGGCGAAAACCGGAGCCACUGGCGAUCGAUUGAAAGAAGCCACGAAAAUCAACCUCUCCCUCUCGGCCCUGGGUAACGUAAUUUCGGCCCUGGUCGACGGUAAAUCCACUCACAUUCCGUAUCGAGACUCCAAGCUAACGAGGCUCUUGCAGGACUCACUGGGCGGCAACACGAAAACGCUGAUGAUCGCCUGCCUGUCGCCUGCCGACAACAACUACGACGAGACGUUGAGCACGCUGAGGUACGCAAACAGGGCGAAGAACAUAAAGAACAAACCGAAGGUGAACGAGGAUCCGAAGGACGCCAUGUUAAGGGAGUACCAGAGUGAGAUCGAACGUCUGAAGGCCAUGCUUCGUGGAGAGGUGCCUGUUCAGAUUGAUGGUCAGCCGAUGAAAGAUGUUGAAGACGAAAAAAAUCGCUUACGCCAGGAAUUCGAGCUAGAAAUGAAGACGUUGAAAGAAGAAUUGAAAGCCGCGAAACUUUCAAAGGAUGAGAUGGAAGAGGAAAUUGGAAAAUUGAAAAACAACUACGAAAGACAGGUGGCUAAAAUCGAAAGUUCUGAAAAAACCUCGAGUCAAUUGCAAGAACUACAGCAGAAUUUCGUAGGUGGAGAGCUCUCGAAUAAUGAGGAGAUUAAGGAGAAGAGGAAGAAGAAGAAGAAAUACGCAGAGGAAGCCAGGAAUAAAUUACAAGAAGCAUUAUCUCGGGACGGCGACGAUAUUGUCGUUGGCAUGUUUAAAAACGUUCAAGAUGAGCUCAAAUACAAAAAUAAACUGCUUGAAAAGGAGAAGCAGAAGUCUGAGUCUUUGAGAUGUGAGAUCAUGGACAUCCAGCAAGAGUUCGAAUUCGAUCGGAUCGACUACCUAGAUACAAUAAGGAAACAAGAACAACAGCUUAAGUAUUUUCAAGCAAUUCUAUCUAGAAUCCAUCCUCUAAUCCGUAAGGAUUGUAACUUCGCGAACCUGGAUAAGAUCAAAUCCCAAGCGGAAUGGGAUGAAAUAAAUAAGAACUGGAUUCUGCCUAAGGUGGUCGUGGAGAAGGGGCAUCUGCCCUCUGCCACACCCCCUACCAACAAUGGUGAUGACGAGAAUGUCAAUUGA